AUGUUAUCUCAAGAAGAAAGGAAGCAGAUAAUUUUCAAGUUGUUUAUCGCAUUGAAGGAGUCCAACAUCUUUCCUGGAUAUACACCGGUGCAGAUUAAAGAAGCAGCUAUAAGAGCCGAGCAGAGGAUAUAUGAAGAAAGUAAUUCCGAAGAGGAAUACCUGAGAGGAAUGAAUGAAAGAUUCCAGAGAAUCGAGAGAGUCGUAAGCAAUAGAAGUAGAAAUGAUGGAAGAGGAAAAGCCACCCAAGAGCAAGUGGGGCCUUACACAUGUACUAAGGACCAAGAAUUCGGAAGCAUCUCUGGAGAACCUCUGGCUUCUGCAAAACAAAAUUAUUCCUAUGGAAAUCCUAAUUUUGAAAGAGGAGAAAGGAGAUUGUCUGAGCAGCUAUUUACAGAAAAUAAACAACUUUUUGGAAAGCAAGAUGGAUUUGUUCCACCUGAAAUCAUGAGGAUAAGUCGGAAGCAUGACCUCUAUGAAUCAGAUGGCAUUUCCAGAUUCAAUGACCGAGGUAUGGAAAGCAGUACUAGAGGAAGGUCCAACUCAUGUAACAUUCAAAAUUCUCAUCAUGAGUCUGAUCACAUUGUAAACGAAGAAAGCUUCUCUAAUAGUCCUGGAAACCCUAUGUUUUUUAGGAGGUCUCAGCCUGAGGUGGAUCCCUACGGCUUGAACAGCAGGAAAAACUUUCAGAACACUCCUGAUCAAAGGCCUUUUUUUAUGCAAAGGGAGGGGCAGCAUCAGGAAGUGCCAUCGCAACCUUUUGGAUAUGUAAAUCAGGGAUUUGGCACUAGAUUUGGCCAUUACGACUAUGGAAGGGAAGUUCCAAAGGAUGAAAACAUGUCGAAGCCUUCUAUUGAUAUGAAUUUCGAUGAAAUGCAGCAAGGUAAAUCUCCGGGAGUUGCUCCAUUCAAUGGGAGAGGCUUUGUCCCCCUUCAGAAUCCUCGGCAAUUUAAUCGUAAUUCUUCUUCAUCCUAUUCCAAUCCAAGAAGUAUGAAUAUGUUUCAGUUUUCAGGAAAACCAAUGUAUGGAAAUCAAAGGCCUUUUGCUUCCCCUAGUCAUUCAAUCCCCUCACACAAAUAUCCUUCUAGAAUGCCGGAUAUGCAAAGCUUUCCCAUGGCUUCGUCUUCCGAAAUCAUGGACAGCUUUCCUCAUUCAGACCCCCAGGACCGAUCUAUGAACAUGUUUCCAAUGGGCCCUCCUCAAACUAAAACUAGUGCCGGGUGGAUGGACAACUCUUUGGCAUUUAACAGGCACUAUCCAAAUACAGGGAAGGAAACAACAAAACCUUUGCCGAUCUUUUUUAACCAGCAGAUGCAUCAUCAACCCUAUUUUCAUGCUCCACGGAACCCUGAGCAAACAGGCCCAACAACAGAUGGAAAACAAGCUUUUUUGAGCACCCAAAACUUCAACCAGUGGAUAUUUGGGUCUGCGGAUGAAGAUCCGAGGAUUCCAUAUGAAGAGUUUCUACGAAGGCAUGAGAAUACAAAAAAAAACAUAGAGUAUUUUCCCAACACCAAGAAGGAGGAAAGGGGCUUUUCUGUAAACACUGGGGAAUACAGGGGCUACUCAAGUCCUGCUCCAUGGUUCCAGAGUGGAUUUAGAAACUUCUUCCCGGAAGGUGGCUUCCCGUAUUCUUCGGACGCAGCUUCUUCUCAAAGAAGAAUGGGUAACUCUCCAUGGUUCAAAGAUGGAAUUCUCCACGCUAGAGCUCCGGGACCUACUUUGGCAGAGAAUCAGCCAGAAAACUCCCGAGAAGCUUAUAAUGUAUAUGAAACAGAGAAAGACAUUAACUAUAACAGUAAAGAUUCCGAGAUUCAACAUCGGAUUGGCUCUAGAGAAGCGCCUCAGGAAGAAGGCCAUAUCUCGGCUCCUAUCCAAUACUCCGACUUCCCAAGCGAGGUGAAUUCUUUCUUUAAGGAGAACGAAAUGGAAAAGAUUUCCUUAGACUACCAAGAGCUGUUAGAUUUGAAAUCCAGAUUAAAGGAAGGUGCGGGAGUAUUGGAGAAGUCUCAAAAGAUAUAUAAUGCUUUCAAGGAAUCCUUUCCCAAUUCCGAGCUUCUCCAGAAGUAUGAAGUAAUUAAGAAUCUGUUUGAAAAGCAAGAAGAAUAUCUCAAAUAUGGAGCCUACUUUCUGAAGGCGCGUAGUGCGGACAACUUCAUAGACCAGAUAAAAUCCUUAACUGUUGAUAUGAGCCAUGAUUUGAAAUCAAUUACGAUGAAAACAGGAGAUAUAAAUUAUGGAGAAUGUCUUAUGAAUGCUGUAAAGGCGUUUUCCGAAAGAAAAAAGAAAGAAGAAGCCUUUGGCUUGAACGUGGUAAAUGAGGAUGCAUACGAAUGA